AUACACCUAAAAAUACACACAGGAGAAAAGCCUUACGUCUGCUCUGACUGUGGAAAAUGUUUUAAAACAUUAGGUUAUAUCAAGGUUCACCAGAGAACACACACAGGAGAGAAGCCUUACGUCUGCUCUGACUGUGGAAAAUGUUUUAAAACAUUAGGUUAUAUCAAGGUUCACCAGAGAACACACACAGGAGAGAAGCCUUAUUCCUGCUCUGACUGUGGAAAAUGUUUUAAAACAUCAACUCAACUAAAAGUUCAUCAGAGAAUACACACAGGAGAGAAGCCUUAUUCCUGUUCUGACUGUGGAAAAUGUUUUAAAACAUUAUAUAAUCUAAAAGUUCACCAGAGAACACACACAGGAGAGAAGCCUUAUUCCUGUUCUGACUGUGGAAAAUGUUUUAAAACAUCAAAUGAGCUAAAAGUUCACCAGAGAACACACACAGGAGAGAAGCCUUACGUCUGCUCUGACUGUGGGGCGAGUUUCUCUCUGCUGGGCACCAUAAAAACACACCAACGUAUACACACAGGAGAGAAGCCUUAUUCCUGCUCUGACUGUGGAAAAUGUUUUCGAACAUUAUAUGAGAUAAAAGUUCAUCAGAGAACACACACAGGAGAGAAGCCUUACGUCUGCUCUGACUGUGGAAAAUGUUUUAAAACAUCAAAUGAGCUAAAAGUUCACCAGAGAACACACACAGGAGAGAAGCCUUUCUUCUGCUCUGACUGUGGAAAUUUUUUUACAACAUCAAAUGAGCUAAAAGUUCACCAGAGAACACACACAGGAGAGAAGCCUUACUACUGCUCUUUCUGUGGAAAACGUUUCUCCCGAUCGGGUACCUUGAAAUCACAUGAACGUAUACAUACAGGAGAGAAGCCUUACUUCUGCUCUGACUGUGGGAGGAGUUUCUCUCACCAGAGCAACUUAAAAACACACCAAUGUAUACAUUAACUUCAUGUGGGUACCUGGGACUGUUGCAUCCCACCUGGUCAACAUCCGGUGAAAUUGCAGAGUGACCAAUUCAAAUUUAAUUACUAUAAAAUACAUCAAAAUAAAGCUUAACUUGUUGUUAAUCUAGCCUCCAUGUCAGAUUUCAAAAAGGCUUUAAGGCGAAAGCAAACCAUGCGAUUAUCUGAGGA